AUGGUAGGAGCCGUAUGUGACGCGGGGGUGGUGGACACCCUGGAGGCACGGUUGGAGAACGCGAGGAGGAAGCAUGAGGCCAACGAGUAUGGCGACUUGCCCUGGGCGGUCGUCGAGGCUGGACUCCGCUCCACGUGGGCGACGGAGCACCCGUCUCGACCUGCCUCUCCUCGUCCGGUGAACAACGAAGGCGGCGUCGACGUGGGCGUCCACGCCGGUGGUGGUCAAGUCGGCAGCUGUGCUGCAGGCACGUCGAGGCAAAGAGGUGUGAUACAUGUCGGUGAAGUCGGCGGCGUUCAGGCGCGAGGGAUGCAGACGUCGGCGGCUGCAGGCUCUUCGCAGGGUGACGUCGGAGGCCGACGUAGUGGGCUGUCGCCGAUGACGGCGUCCCAGGUGACGGCAGGUGGGAUUGCGCCGAGCUACGGCUACUUCAAGUUUACGCCGGACAGGAUCUCGGUCACCCCCCCACUGGUCGGUAGACCCGACAUUCUCACCUGGAAGGAAGCCAUCGAGCCCCAGCUGGAGAUGGCCGGGCUGAUCGGCUUCGCCCGAGGGACCGUGGCGACGCCGGGGGAGCACCACUCCGACCUGCGUGCGGAGUUUCGCGCCGUGCAGCUGUUGACCUUUACGGUCAUCUCGCGGUGCUGCUCGCCGGGCGUGCAGAUCGCCUUGAAGUGGUGCCGGGAGUACCUCGACGCCGGCCACCGGGCGUGGCAUUUCAUCGAGUCGACGUACCAGGUGACCGACGACCUGUUCAUCGCCCAGCUGGAGGGACAACUGACACACCUGCGUAUGGGUGACGAGGAAAGUGCGACCGACUACUGCAACCGAGCCAGGCGAAUUCUCGCCACCAUCAAGAUGGCCGGCGCGCAGUACUCCACGGCGUCGUACAUCACCCAUGUCAUGCAGGGACUUUCUAGCAGCUACAACCUGCUGAAGCGGCUGUCUAUGGCGCCGAGCUCAAGGGCGACGCUCAACGAGGACAACCUCACCUCGUAUAUCCUGCAGGACGAGGCGAUGCAGGAGGCAGAGCGGUCGCAGGAGCUCUUGGCGCAGGCCAACUUCGUCGCCCCGGCGAAGCAAGGAGGCCGACCAGGACAGCGCGGACAGUCUGGUGGCGGUGGGAGCAGUGGCUGGAAGCCGGCCAAGGAGGUCGACAAGAGGAAGUCGACCAAGGACAGCGGUCGUGGAGGAGGAGGUAGACGUCGGGAGUGCUGGCUGUGCGGCGAUCCCGAUCAUCUCUCCUUCGAGUGUCCCAACCGCAGCGACUCCGACGACGACGAUGCUAAGGGAGGCCGUGGGAGGUCUGGCAGCCGUCGUCCUCGUCGUGGAGGCAACCAACCGGGCAAGGAGAAGCAGUCGACCAAGACUCCGACUUCGGCGAAGGACGCCGACUCCGUUGCAGGCGGCAAGGGGCGAGACGACAAGACGGCGUCGUGCUCGCUGGUCGGCGUCGUGGAGCCGACCAUCUCUCUGGCGCCGGAGGCCGGAGAGGACUUCCAGGCGGUGGCGGCGGCUGUGCAGGUGAACCCGGCGGUGGUCCUGCUCGACAGCGGUUGCUCCUACCACCUGAUGGGGACGAAGGAAGCCUUCGUCGACUUGCAGCCGAGCGGCGUCAUCAGGCAUGUGCGCGGCUUCAAUGGGGCGCUGCAGGAUGUCCAGGGCUGCGGCACCAUCGCCCUGCAAGGAGAGGUCGGGAAGGAGGUGCUCAUCCCCGACGUGUUGUACGUCCCGGGUGUGCGAGCCAACCUGCUGUCGGCCGGCCAGCUGAAGGAGCAUGGCGUGAAGCUGAAGGAGGACGGAGACGGCAUGUUGCUCGUCUCGACAGCAGGGGAGGUGCUCGGGCGGGCGACGUACUCUGGACGAGUCCUCUGCACCGACCUGCGUCCCUGCGCGACGAGGUCGACGCCGCCCACGACGGAGGUGGUGGCUCUGCGGGCGAUCGUCUCGAAGACGAAGUCGACGCCGGACCGGAUGCAUGCAAGGCUUGCGCAUGUCGGCAUGGACACCAUACGGAGCUCGGCGAAGAACGAGGUCGCCAUUGGGCUGGACCUCAAGUCGGCGACGGACGCCGACUCUCCAUGUGUCUCGUGCGUCGGUGGGAAACUGGCGCGGCACACCUUCCCCGACCAAGGCUCCGACGCCGACGACGUGCUAGCCGUCGUGCACAUCGACCUGUGCGGGCCGUUUCGCGUGGCUGCCAAGGAUGGCAGCCUGUACUUCUUGCUGUUGAAGGACCGCAAGACCCGCUAUGUGUGGGUGAAGCCGGUCGCCAAGAAGUCCGAUGCGUUGCAGGCGUUCGUACAGUGGCUGGCGGUGGCUGAGCGGCAGACAAAGAAGUCGGUGUUGAUGCUGCGCUCUGACCGGGGAGGGGAGUUCCUCGGGAAGCAAACGGCAUGGCGGAACGGGAGAUGA